AUGGCCUUAGAAUCUAGUUGGGCAGAUGCACCAGAUGAACCUGAAGUAGUGAGAAAAUCACCCACUAAAUCACGUACGAACUCUAAGAGAGGUAACCGCAACCAGAGGUACAAUAAUAAUAAUAACAGUGACGACAAUUAUAAUAAAAGCAGGUCUCCAGACAGACAGACAGUGAAUUUUGAUAACUACCGUGAUAAGCCAAUCAACAAAAGUAAUUCUCCAGUAAGAGAAGUCAUUAAUUUUGAUCAAUACCGUGAUCAACCGAUUAAUAAUAAAGAUUCACACAACAAUAAUAACAAAAAAAAACCUUUCACAAGGUCCUUGGAUAACACCGAGACGCAUUCAAAACGUGAAAACAAUGCAUACUAUACACCUCCUUCUUCAAGAGGUAAGCCAAAUCUAGAGCCACAUCAUAAUAGUACUUCAACAGCUAAAUCUACUCCUGCUACUCCUUCGAAACUUGAUAUUAUCAAGAAAAGAAUAGCAGAACAACAAAGCAUUUUUAAAGUUACUAAGCACAAAGAACAACAAAAACAGUUAUUGGAUGACUUCUUAAACGGUGAUGAUGAAAUCAAUUGGGAAGAUGAAUAA